CCGUUGCGCCGCAAGCAUGCAACCGCUCUCCAAGCUGCUCUCCGCCUUCGCCCUCCUGGGCCUCGCGCUCGCCGCGCUGGCGGUGCCCAGCCCCGCGGGGCCGCGCACGCUGCAGAAGCGGUUCGGGCCCCUCUGCGACCUCAGCCACGACAACAUCAGCACCGUCAUCCCGGCGAGCAUCAACGACGGCCAGGCGCGCCCGCUGCUGCCGCCGAUCGCGGACUCGCCGACGUUCGUCGUCCUCGGCGUCGGCUACGCCAACUACACCUGCCUGCCGAACGGCACCUGGCUCUCGCUCGGCGGCCUGCUCGAGCUCUUCGACAUCUCCUGCGUCCCGAUCGACGCGCGCGCGACCUUCACGGCGGACGUGCAGCAGGCGUGGCUCGGCGCGCCCGCGAACCUGACCGCGCAGGACAUCGUCGACACCGCGGGGCUCGCGGACGCGCCGUUCGCGCUCGGCCAGCUGUACUGGGUGCCGGACCCGCUCGACCCCUCCGACGGGACGUACAACCCGGUGUGGGACUUUGGCUCGACGGCGUGGCACGACGCGCUCGCGGGCUUCGCGGACCACGACGCGGCGUACCUCACCGGGUUCCGCACCGGGCUCGUGCCUGCGCCUGUCGACCCCGCCGUGAACAUCGAGUGGGUGACGCUCGCGCCGCUCGAGAAGGACGGGAAGCCGCUCGGGACGUUCGCGGACCAGGUGUUCCGCAUCUUUUGUAACGGUGGUGCGACGACUAGCGAUACGUGCGACCCCAACGGCCCUGACUUCCUGUCCAAGACCGCGCUCAACUUCUGGUACUACGGAGGGUACUGGGCCACCCAUUGAUCGAGCGAUGCGAGGAAAAGGGGAGCGCCCCCGGCUUCGGAGUGUUGCUCUCGGUUCAGGUCGAAAGGGGCUCUGAGUUCGAGUCGAAGCAAGUGUGUGAAUUUCGGUGUUCUAGCGUACUGUGUUUUUUUGCGUAAUGCAACGGAAGAUCAGCCGUCCCCAUCGUGCCCGCGACGCUGUACCUCGUCAUGUCUCUUUCUUC